ACACAUUGGUUAGGCAUGCCAUGCUAUAUAAAGAUCUUUAACUGUUCUUAAAAAAUUCCAUUUAUGAGCUUGAAUUGUUGAGAGAGCAAUGCUAAUAUUUCCACAACAGAGAGAGAAGAGUGUGUGGGGUCUAGCAACUCAAACUUUCUAUCUCUUAGUCAGUGUCGCAAUGUCGUUAGUUAUAGACUUUUCUUUAUUGUAGCUGAGUCAAAAUCACAAUUGAAUGGAGUCAAACAUGCAAUCCAAUAAUGAAGAGGCCCCACACCAAGAUUGUGUAUGUAUAUGCUGCAUAAAGGCAUAUGCCAAAGAUUGAAAACUAUGCACCAGAUUUAAUAUUCAAUGAUACAAAAGCAAAGCAUUCUCAUUUGUCCCAUUUAUAUGAUUCUAAUAAAGUUGUUAUCCAUCUUUUGGCUUUUUCUUUGCAUUUAGUACCUGAAACAUUUUCCUCAAUCUUGAGCUAUCAGAUUCCUUUUAUUUUGCAAGGUGUCUUACCUACUUGUCCUGUACUACUUGCUUAGGCAAGAAUGUCACCUCUUAGUGUGGAAAGUGAACUUGAAUGUUAUAGCUCUCAAUUUUACUCCAUUUUAGAAUUUGAUUAUCAUAUCUUCACUUAGUACUGAUAUUUUAUGACCACUAAACAGUAGAUGGUUCUGUAACCCAAAAGAAAAAAGAAAAAAAAAGAAGGAAAAAAAAAAAAGGAAGAACAUAAUUGUGCUUAUUAAAUGCUUAAAUUGCUUUCCUGAAUAUUUUGCUACUAAAGGUUUUCUUAAGUCAAUUGUUUCUAUUAAGAAUCUGGUUCUGAUUUUGCAUAUAUUUUUCAAGAAUUGAAAUCACAGGAUAUGAGUUAACACUCUGUCAUCAAGUUUAGCUUAGUACUAUUGUAAUGAUGUUGAUUAGCCUGCCAAUAUACAAACAUAAAGAAGCAGAUAUUUUGCCCCUUUCCAUAAGUCAAAUUAAAGCCGGAGAGCAAGAAACGAGUACAAACACAACAAACAAGGUGGGAUUGAGGGUUGUUUUUAGGCUUGACCUGUGGUGUGACCCUUUCAAACUUGGAACCAAAUGUACCAUGUCAAUAUCUAAAAGUAAGAUUAAAAAUUUAAAACCCACAAGGAAGGCUUUGAUAAAGUAAAUUAAGAUUCAAGUGUACUGAGAAUUGGCUUUGGUGUAUUUUAUGAUCUAUUUAAAGGAUUCUAAUACAUUUUUAUUUUCAAGACUGCCCAGAAGCUAAUUUAUACCAAAUAGGAUUGAUCGAUAUGGAAUCAUUAGAAGCGAAUUUGAAGCCAUCUUGAAAAAAACAUUUGUUCAUAAUAAAUGUCAUUUAAUUCAGUUUCCUCCAGGUUAAUACUUCACAGCUUUCCACCUUUCUGGCUUAGUCAUAGGUUAGUGAUUCAAAUGUAUGUUCUUUUUUUGCAGCUUUGAUCCAAGUUCACAGAGACAGUGAUAGUUCACAGUUAUUAAUUAAGUUUUGCAUUUGGAAAGAUGGCUGAGGAGAGCAAUUUGGGUGGAGAUACGAACACAGAGCAGGCUGCAACAUCAACAAGCCAUUCGCCAGUGAUGGAGACUCAGAAAACAGCUGAGAAUUCUUGCAGCCAGGAUAAUUCGGAUAAUACCCAGAAGAAAAAUGAAGUGACUGAAACUGUUCCAUAUUUCAAACUGUUCUCCUUUGCUGACUCCACUGAUCAUGUGCUAAUGUUUGUGGGCACAAUCGCAGCUAUAGGGAAUGGAAUCUGCAUGCCCCUUAUGACUGUGCUCAUUGGAAAUGUAAUCAAUUCCUUUGGACAGAAUGUGAACUCAAAAAAUGUGGUUCGUGAAGUUUCCAAGGUAUCUGUUAGCUAUAUUUACUUGGCUCUGGGGUCUGGUUUUUCAGCAUUUUUCCAGUUGUUUUGCUGGAUGGUCACAGGGGAGAGGCAGGCUGCAAGAAUUAGAAGUUUAUACUUGAAAACUAUAUUGAGGCAAGAUAUUGGAUUUUUUGACACAGACGCAAAAACUGGAGAAAUUAUUGAAAGGAUGUCAGGCGACACAUUCCUUAUUCAAGAUGCCAUUGGUGAAAAGGUUGGGAAGUUUAUAACUGUGGUAGCUUCAUUCUCAGGAGGCUUUGUUAUAGCCUUCAUCAAGGGUUGGCUUCUCACCCUUGUCAUGAUAUCUUCAAUUCCACCUCUUGUCCUCUCUGCUGCUGUCAUGGCCCUCAUUUUUGCAAAGCUAACAUGCCGUGCACAAACUGCUUAUUCACAAGCUGCAACUUUGGUCGAACAGACAAUUGGCUCAAUAAGAACGGUUGCAUCAUUUACAGGGGAGAGGCAAGCUAUAGCUAAUUACAACAAGUCUCUUACUCAAGCUUACAAAUCUGGUGUGCAAGAGGGCUUCGCUUCCGGGUUGAGUGCUGGUGUAUUUUUGCUUGCCAUAUAUAGCAGUUAUGCUUUGGCUGUGUGGUUUGGGUCAAAAUUGAUAUUAAACAAAGAUUAUACAGGAGGAGAUGUGAUCAAUGUAGUCAUGGCUGUGCUGACUGGUUCCUUUGCUUUAGGACAGGCAUCUCCAUGCAUGAGUGCAUUUGCCGCUGGACGAGGUGCAGCUUUUAAAAUGUUUGAGACAAUCAAUAGGAAGUCCGAGAUAGAUCCUUAUGACACAAACGGAUUGAAAUUGGAUGAUAUUCGUGGUGAUAUUGAAUUAAAAGAUGUUUAUUUUAGCUAUCCUGCAAGACCGAAUGAGCAAAUAUUUAAUGGAUUCUCUCUCUCAAUACCAAGUGGAACAACAGCUGCUUUGGUUGGACAAAGUGGAAGUGGGAAAUCAACAGUUAUCAGCUUGAUAGAGAGGUUUUAUGAUCCACAAGCUGGUGAAGUUCUUAUAGAUGGUAUCAAUCUUAAAGAGUUCCAGCUUUGGUGGAUCAGAGGAAAAAUCAGUCUAGUUAGCCAGGAACCUGUGUUGUUCACUUCAAGCAUUAAAGAUAAUAUUGUCUAUGGGAAGGAUGGUGCAACCAUUGAAGAAAUUAAAGCUGCUACUGAGCUUGCCAAUGUUGCCAAGUUCAUAGAUAAAUUGCCUCAGGGACUAGACACAAUGGUCGGUGAGCAUGGAACUCAGUUGUCUGGGGGCCAAAAGCAGAGAAUUGCUAUAGCUAGAGCAAUUUUGAAAGACCCAAGGAUUCUACUUCUGGAUGAAGCUACAAGUGCUCUUGAUGCAGAAUCUGAGAGGGUUGUUCAGGAGGCAUUGGACAAGGUUAUGAUCAACAGAACUACUGUAAUUGUAGCCCAUCGGUUGAGUACAGUGAGGAAUGCAGAUAUGAUUGCUGUCAUUCAUCAAGGAAAAAUUGUGGAAAAAGGUUUGCACUCUGAACUACUACAAGAUCCUGAAGGAGCAUACUGCCAACUUAUACGGUUGCAAGAACGUAGCGAAGAAUCAGAACAAAAUGCAGUAAAUGAUCAGUGUAUUCCAGAGAUCUCUGCAGAUUCUGGAAGACAUUCAAGUCAGCAGAUGUCCUUCAUACGAUCCAUAAGCCGGGGAUCAUCUGGAAGUGGAAGCAGUAGCCAUCACUCAGUCUCAGUUUCUUCACGUGUAACCACUGCAGUCAGUGUCCUGGAUACAGGUGCAGAACCCAAGACUCCAGCCUCAGCAACAUCACAAAAGGCCCCAGAAGUCCCACUACGACGAUUGGCUUAUCUGAACAAGCCAGAGAUCCCAGUGCUAUUACUUGGUUCAUUUGGUGCAGUGGUUUCUGGUCUAGUAUUGCCAAUUUUCGGGGUACUUCUUUCUAGAAUAAUCAAAACUUUCUAUGAGCCAGCUCAUGAGCUUCGGAAGGAUUCCAAAUUCUGGGCAUACAUGUUUCUUGUUCUUGGCGUGGCAGCUUUUAUCUCACUCCCGCUAAGAACAUACUCUUUUGCUGUGGCGGGGUGUAAGUUAAUAAAACGGAUCAGAUUGAUGUGUUUUGAUAAAGUGGUUCACAUGGACAUAAGUUGGUUCGAUGAAGCAGAUCACUCAAGUGGUGCAAUUGGAGCAAGGCUUUCAUCUGAUGCAAAUUUUUUGAGAAGUUUGGUUGGAGACACACUUGCUUUGAUCGUUCAGAAUGUUGCAACAGCUACAGCUGGUUUGGUUUUUGCCUUUGCAGCGAGCUGGCAACUGGCUCUUAUAAUUCUUGUUAUGGUACCUCUAAUAGGGCUAAAUGCAUUUCUUCACAUGAAGUUCCUUAGAGGAUUCAGUGCUGAUGCAAAGAAAAUGUAUGAGGAGGCAAGUCAAAUUGCUAGUGAUGCAGUUGGGAGUAUUAGAACAGUUGCUUCUUUCUGUGCUGAAGAGAAGGUGAUGCAGCUGUACCGAAAGAAAUGUCAAGGCCCUAUGAAAGCUGGAGUAAAACAAGGCCUAAUUAGUGGUGCAGGUUUUGGAUUGUCCUUUUUUUUCCUAUUUUGUGUCUACGCGACCAGUUUCUAUGCUGGAGCUCGGUUUGUUGAGGAUGGCAAGACAACAUUCGCUAACGUUUUCCAGGUCUUCUUUGGUCUCAGCAUGUCAGCCGUUGCUAUUUCUCAAACAGGCCCCCUCGCUCCUGAUUUCAGUAAGGCCAAGACUGCUGUUGCUUCUAUCUUUGCGAUUCUUGACCAGAAAUCUAAAAUAGACGCAAGUGUCGACUCUGGGACAACACUAGAAAAUGUGAAGGGAGAUAUUAAGUUUCAUCACGUCAUUUUCAAGUAUCCCUCUAGACCUGACAUUCAAAUUUUCAGGGACCUUUGCUUGUAUAUUCACUCUGGCAAGACUGUUGCCCUGGUUGGAGAAAGUGGGAGUGGGAAAUCAACAGUUAUUUCUAUGUUGCAAAGAUUUUAUGACCCUGAAUCAGGUCAAAUCACCCUAGAUGGUGUUGAAAUCCGAAAGCUAAAGCUGAAAUGGUUACGGCAGCAGAUGGCCUUGGUGAGCCAGGAGCCAGUCUUGUUCAAUGACACAGUCCGAGCCAACAUAGCAUACGGAAAGGAAGGAGAUGCAACAGAGGCAGAAAUUUUAGCUGUAGCAGAGUCAGCAAAUGCUCACAAGUUCAUUAGUGGUCUACAACAGGGCUAUGAUACAGUGGUGGGUGAGCGAGGGAUUCAACUGUCGGGUGGACAGAAGCAAAGGGUGGCAAUUGCACGUGCCAUGGUGAAGGAUCCAAAGAUACUACUACUAGAUGAGGCCACUAGUGCCCUCGAUGCUGAAUCCGAGAAAGUGGUUCAAGAUGCACUGGACCGAGUUAUGGUGGACAGAACCACGGUGGUGGUGGCUCACAGGCUAUCGACAAUUAAGGGUGCGGAUUUGAUUGCGGUGGUUAAAAAUGGAGUCAUUGCAGAGAAGGGAAAGCAUGAAACCUUGAUCAAUGUUAAAGAUGGUAUUUAUGCCUCCCUAGUGACACUGCACAUUAGUGCUUCAUCAUGUUAGAGAGCUACUUGUGCUCUUUUUUCACCAUAUAUUUUUUAGAAAGUAGUAGAUGCUAUGGACUUGUUUGUUCUUCAACUGCACCUAGUUUAUGCUCAUUUUCAUGUAUACCAAUGUUUCUUGGCUAGUGUAAUGUCUAGUAUGGUUUCUUGUAAAGGAACAAAAAUACUACAUGAUUAGAAGAAAUUUAAGGCAAUACCAAGUUUUACGUAGAUAAAUCUCAAUUGAUUAAUUGAUAGUUUAUUGUUCAAUUAUAGACUCACAUAAUCUCAAUUAAUCAAUUACAAAAGAGAAAGAAGUGUGAUGUUGUCUAGGAAGCAUGGAUAGGUGUCAUGGUAGCGUACACGUGUAACAAGGUUGAAUUAGAAAUACUUAAAACGCGUUUUUGUUGUUGGGGUCAAUUUAUAUAUAUAUUUUUUAAAAUCAGGGGGCUCAACUCAAAUUUUAAAAUCUAAAAAAAAAAAACAAAAAGAAGCUUAAAAGCCCAACAACAUAUCUUUUUUUGCGUAUCCUUGAUUGUGUCCAUAUUUUAUUUUUCAAAAUUUAUUGUAUUGUUGUUGCUGUAUGGUGUCGUAUGUGUGUUCAUGCC